ACAUUAUCCAACAUUUUAACAAAAAGGACAGAGUGAAGACCACCUGGGUUCUGACACCAUGGUUGUAUUCGAAUCAUGCGAUAGAAGCCGAGGCCGGUUGAACAGUCCACUAUCCUGCAGCAAUGGAGACAACGCGACCCUACCUGAGAAUGAAACAUUUCAAGGAGCAACACCUCGGGCCCCAAUGUAUACAAGUGAAAAUCUCAUUGUGAAUAGUAUUAAGAUGUAUGAGAAGAUGAACAAGCUUCUUCAUCACACUGAUGCGUUCAGUCAGAGAAACCUGAUCAUCCGUCGGGGUCAAGAGUUCAUCAUGGGCAUUGUCUUCAAUCGCCCCUUUGACCCGAAAAUGGAUUUGUUCUUUAUUGAGUUCCUGAUUGGCAAAAACCCUGUCCAGACCCAAAAGACUUUAAUCUACUUGACCCUUGCUGAAACUAACCAGCCCAAUAUUUGGGACCUCCGUUUGGUGGAAACCAGGCAAAACGAGAUUAAGGUGGCCAUCACACCAGCCGCUAACUGCAUUGUGGGUCUCUACAGCACAUUUGUGACAGUGAUAACCAAUUUGGGAAAACAACGCUCUCAGAGAAAUUAUGAGACAGACUUCUAUGUGCUGUUCAAUCCCUGGGCACCCAUGGAUCAGGUUUACCUGGAAAAUGAAGAAGAGAGGCAGGAGUAUGUGCUAAAUAAUGUGGGAAUGAUCUUCACUGGAGACUAUACUAAUGUUAAUAAACGGCCAUGGAACUAUGGACAGUUUCAGAGUGAUAUUCUGGAAGCUUGCAUCUACAUCCUGGAUUUUGGGGAAAUGCCCCUGUGGUACAGAGGAGAUGCUGUAAAAGUGGCUCGGAAAGCUUCAUCACUGAUCAACUCGGUGGAUGAUAAUGGGGUCCUUGUAGGUAGCUGGAGUGGUGACUUCGGCCUUGGUACUGCACCCACAGCCUGGACAGGCAGUGUGGAGAUUCUGAGACAGUUCUAUACGGAAAAAGGGAAGCCUGUCAUGUAUGGCCAGUGCUGGGUGUUCGCUGGAGUGUUCAACACCUUUCUUCGGUGCCUUGGCAUUCCCGCAAGGGUGAUUACCAACUUCUGCUCCGCACAUGACAACAAUGGCAACCUGAUGACUGACAUUGUGCUGGAUGAGGAUGGGGGUCUGGACAGAGAUGUCUCAGACACCAUCUGGAACUUUCACUGCUGGAAUGAGGCGUAUUUGAAGAGGCGUGACAUACCUGAAAUGUACUCAGGCUGGCAGGUGGUGGACUCCACUCCUCAGGAGAUCAGUGAAGGUUAUUACCGCUGUGGUCCUGCAUCUGUGGCAUGCAUCAAAAUGGAAUCUCUGGGCUAUUCGUUUGAUGCAGGUUUUGUGUAUUCUGAGGUCAACAGUGAUGUUGUGUACCAUAAAAGAGACAGGUACGGAAACAUGAGUGUCAUCUACGUGGACAGAAACUAUGUAGGAAAGUUGGUUGUGACCAAAAUGAUUGGAUCCGAUGAUUACAAUGACAUUACAGACAGAUACAAACAUUCUAAGAGGGUGUCAAGACGAGAGACACGAGUAAAGGAGGUCAGUGCUUUGGACAGAUAUGAGUUUACACUGCCGGACACCGAUGUGAAGCUGUGCACCCAGGCCACCAAAAACAACGAUGACCUAAUGUUAAUCAUGAUCUUUAACAACCUGAGCAAUGAGCCACGCACCAUCACCACCAAAAUCACAGGAAAAGUGGAAUACUACACCGGAGCCACCCGGACCCAGUUCAAGUUCCUCACCCAUGAGGUGUCUCUGAAGCCUUUGGAAUAUAAGCAGGAGGUCGUCAUUGUGACAGCAGAUGAGUACAAGAACUUCAUCAUAGGUCAGUCUUUCCUGAGCUUCAUUGUGUACGCUUUCAUCAACGAGACCGAGAUGUCCCUCACCGCCAUGGAAUCGAUCUAUAUGAGCAACCCGCCCCUUCAUCUUGAGGUGAGCAGAAUCUCUCAAAUGGGAAAUGAAAUGCUCGCGACUGUGGGCUUCACCAACACACUUGGCCAUGACCUGACCGAUGUCACUGUGCGCAUGGAGGGACUAAACCUCUUUCCUAUGAAAAGCAAAAUGUACAGGAUCAUUGAACAAGGCUCCAAAAUAAAAUGGCUUGAAUCGUUCAAACCUGUGAAGGCUGGCACCAUGACGCUGGUGGCAUGUUUGGAUUGCGCUACUCUGAGAAAUGUGUGUGGACAUGUGGACAUCGUCAUACAGCCUUGA